AUGAGCGAAGGGGUCGCCGCGCCGCCGGGUGCCGCAGCUGCCGCCGAGGAGGGGGCGGCGGCCGGAGCCGGGGGCCCUGCGGAGGGCGAUGGGGGCCCCGAUCCCGCGGCCCGCGAGGUGCGCUGCAGCGACUGCAUCGUGUGGAACCGCCAGCAGACGUGGCUGUGCGUCGUGCCGCUCUUCAUCGGCUUCGUGGGGCUGGGGCUCAGCCUGAUGCUGCUCAAGUGGAUCGUGGUGGGCUCCGUCAAGGAGUACGUGCCCACCGAGCUGAUGGAUUCCAAAGGCAUCGAGCAGGACCCCUUCUUCCUCUCCAAGCAGCCCACCACGCCGCCCAAGAGCGUGGACGCCACCUCCGCCGGCGCCGCCGCCGCCACCACCACGUCGAGGACGCCCAACCGGAUCAGCACCCGCCUCACCACCAUGACCAAGGCGCCCACCCGCUUCCCGGGCACGCGGGGCCCCAUCCGGGCGGGCCCGCCGCGCUCCACCACGGCGCGGCACACGGCCGUGCCCCCGACCGUCCUCGCCACCGCCACCGCUGUCCCCUUCAGCACCACGGUCCUGAUCUCCCGCCCGGCGCCGGGCACCCCGGGGACCCAGCCGCUGCCGCUCUGGCCCACUGCGGCAUACACUACCUCCUCCUACAAGACCUAUCUUCAGGACUCGGCCCCCUCCUGGACCUUAUCCCCUUUCCAAGAGGCCAGCACCACCACGCCAGACGCCAACGCCAGCCCCAAGCACCAUACCACAACAUACUCCACUGAGCAAUCCGAGCACUUUAAGCCAUGCAAAGACAAGGAUCUUGCAUACUGUCUCAAUGAUGGGGAAUGCUUUGUCAUUGAAACCCUAACAGGCUCCCACAAACACUGCCGGUGCAAAGAGGGCUACCAAGGAGUCCGCUGUGACCAAUUUUUGCCGAAAACCGACUCCAUCUUGUCAGAUCCAAGUCAUUUAGGAAUUGAAUUCAUGGAGAGUGAAGAGGUUUACCAACGGCAAGUGCUGUCUAUUUCCUGUAUCGUCUUUGGCAUAGUCAUAGUGGGCAUGAUCUGUGCAGCGUUCUACUUCAAAACAAAAAAACAAACAAAGCAUAUUCAGGAACAGAUGAAAGAGAUGCAGAAUGGGAAAACCUAUAGCCUUAAUGCUUCCGGCAUGAUGGCAAAAUCAGAGGCCAGGGCCCAAAGCCGAGUCCAGCUGCAACACUAUUCAAAGGCAAACAGACAUCCCGAGCUUGUGAUGGAAAAAAUGAUGGAAUCUAGUUUUUCUGGAACUCAGUCCUUUCCUGAAGCCUUGUCUCCCAACAGAGGAAGCCAAGCUACGAAGGCACACAGUAGAAGUCUCUCUUCAUGCUGCAGCCCAGGUCAGCGAACCGGGAUGCUCCACAGGAAUGCCUUUCGGAGGACUCCUCCCUUACCUCGGGGCAGGUUCAAUGGUAUCACAGGACCAGCAUACCAACAGCUUGAAGAGUCAAGGAUCUCAGAUCAGGAUUCAAUACCUUGCGAAGGGUUAUCUACAGGUUUAAAACCAUCACAGAAUACAUCACUAAAUAUGCAACUGCCUUCAAGAGAGACAAGCUCUUUCUUCAGUGGUGUGGCUCAGAAGGACGUAGUUGGCUAUUCAUCUCCCAGAGCAAGCUCUGUUCCCAUCAUCCCCUCGGUGGGCUUGGAUGAAGCCUGCAUGCAGAUGCAGAACCUUUCAGACAUACCAGGCAUUAAAUGGUGCACAAACUCAUAUUCCUCUGAACUUGUCAAUGUGAGUGCCCCAGCCAGCAGCUGUCUUAUCACAGAACAACAAGAAGUCAAAAUAUUGUUAGAAACUGUUCAGGAACAGAUCCGAAUUCUGACUGACGCAAGGAGGUCACAGGACAUGGAACUGGCGCAUGCCAACAUGGAGAACAGUACCAGUGAAAACACUGCAUUCCUGCCCAUGAGUCCGGUGGCGAAAUCAGAGCAAGAGGCACAGUUUGUCUUAAAAAGUGAAACAAAAAGAGACUCAGCAUUGAUCAAGUGA